AUGAUGUCGGAUAUCAAUAUGCUUGGUUCGGGAAUGCUCAACAGGAUUAUGAGAAAUACUUAUGGCACUUUGAUUAUCACAGAAAAUGAGCAGCUUACCUUGAUUAAAGCCAUAAUCACACAACAUUUGCUUCAUCCACAGAACUUGAGUACAACAACUCCCGGCUGCAAUGUACUCAGCUUCAGCUGUGGAAAGUGA